AUGCUGUACUCCAUCUCUCCGAUCACUGUGGUUCUCAACCUGCUAAUCAUCAUCUCUAUCUCCCACUUCAGGCAGCUCCACACACCCACCAACUUCCUCCUCCUCUCUCUGGCUGUCUCAGACCUUCUAGUGGGCCUUGUGGUGAUGCCUGGAGAAAUCUUCAGAGAAACAUCCUGCUGGUUUCUUGGUGACCUUGUGUGCGCUACCUAUUUUCUUCUUUCAAGCAUCAUUACCGUAUGCUCAAUAGGUGACAUAGUUCUCAUAUCAGUUGACCGUUAUGUGGCUAUUUGUGACCCUCUGCACUACACCACUAAAAUCACUGCGAGAAGAGUUAAAUUCUGUGUUUUUACUGUCAUCGUUGCUCUGUAUCUGAGAGUAUUUGCUGCGGCUGUGUCUCAGGCUCGUGCCAUGCGCUCUCACAUUACAGCUGUCACACUCCAGCAUUCAGUGACUCCAAAGGCAAAGAAAUCAGAGCUGAAAGCAGCCAGGAAUCUUGGUGUUCUUGUAGUUGUUUUUCUAAUGUGUUUAUGCCCGUUUUACUUCGUAUCAUGGGUAGAUUACAGAGUGGUUGUACCUUCAAUUUCAACCUCUUUACUCAUUCUGGUCUAUUUUAACUCUUGUCUAAACCCUGUGAUCUAUGCCUUCUUGUACCCCUGGUUUAGAAAAGCAGUUAAACUCAUUGUAACUCUU